AAGACAAGAAGUCGUCUCGCUCGCCCAGGUUUGGUAAUCAUCAGUCACUUUUUGAAGAGCAAACUUUUCUAUUCCCCCCCGACUAAAAGUGCCACGCAGUCACAUCACCUGUCAUCCAAGAAAUGGCUACUUCUGAUCAAGACAUUUCAGAUGAACUACAAGAAAGCAUAAGUACGAUUCUGAAGCCAAAGAAAGUAGAGUUUAUGAAGAAAGUGAAAGUAACGACAAAGUUGAAAUCUGAAGAGAAAAUACUGGCCCUGACGCUCUGGAGAGCUUUUGUGCUGCCUGUUCGAAUUCCUGCCAAAGUGGAAAGUUCUUUCAAUUACUUGGAGAUCAAUGCGAUCAACACCAUCGACCUCAACCAGAUUGUCAUAGAAACCGAGAAGAUCUCCUACUCCUUCAAACUCAUGUCCCUUGAAGACCUGGAGCAGGUGGUUAGUCAUGUCACUGCAUCGCUUAAGAAAAUAUUUCCCGAUUCAUCUCCCGGAAAGUUACUCAAGAAGAAUACCCACGAGUUGCAGGAGAGAAUCUGGAAGAUCACAGCUUCGCUGGAAGACCUGAAAGACUCCAAUCAGGGGCCUUGUGGUGGCUAUUCGGAAACCUACACCGCUUUGUGUGAUUACAAUGGCUUUCCCUGUAAAGAGGAAAUUCAGUGGGAUGUGGAUACAAUCUAUCACAGCCAGGACACCAAAGAGUUUAACCUGCUGGAUUUCAGCCAUUUGGACAGCAGGGAUGUAGCACUGUGUGUGGCAGCCUUGGCGUUUAACCAGUGGUUUAUAAAGCUUUACUCCAAGGAUUUACGGCUGAACCCUGAUGUGGUGGAGCAGAUCCUUUACAUGCUCAGUAUGUCUUCAAAGCUGGAGGAGGUGGUUUUAGAGAAUGCUGGUCUGAAGUUUGACUUUGGGCAGAAAAUGGCACUGGCUCUAGAGGAGAAUCCUUGCCCUGGGAUUCACACCAUAAACCUCUCCAGCAACCAGCUAGAGGACAGAGGGAUGUCAGCACUGAGUCAACAGAUUGAGAAACUGUCCAAGGGACUGAAGCACCUGAACAUCUCCAGAACAUCACUGAGUGCCAAAGGUCUCAACUCUUUGGCUCAGUCAUUUCUUUCCAACGACUCCUUUGCAAGUUCCCUUGUCUACCUGGACCUCUCUGGGAAUCCUGGGCUAUUGGCUGCUGAAGAUACCUGUAGCUUUUAUAGUUUCCUUGCCCAGCCGAACGCACUCAGUCACCUAGAUCUAGCGGGGACUGACUGUGCACUGGAUGCUCUCUUUGGAGCCUUGGAUCGUGGCUGCUGUAUGCAUCUGUCCAGCCUGAUCCUCAACAGAAAUGUUUAUUCCCACAAGAAAGUGCGGGAAAUCCCUCCGUCACUGAAGCACUUCUUCAGGAACUGUUGGUCCUUGAAGUACGUGGGACUGUCUGGCACGAAGCUGCCCCUGGAGGCCCUGAGAGCUGUGCUUCAGGGUCUGGCCUGUAACACCCAUGUGUCUGAUGUGCAGCUGGAUCUCAGUAACUGUGAGUUGAGAUCUGCUGGGGCUCAGGUGAUCCAGGAUCAUAUUUUUGAUGCCAAAGCCAUCAGUAACCUGGACUUGACAGAUAACGGAUUUGACUCAGACAUGGUGACUUUGGUUUUGUCUCUUGGAAGAAGCAAAUCCCUCCAACAUGUGUCUCUUGGCAAGAAUUUCAAUAUCAAAUCAAAAGCGCUGGUCGAUGUUCUUCAUAGGAUAGUUCAACUCAUUCAGGAUGAAGAGUGUCCAUUGCGGUCACUGUCAGUCGCUGACUCGAGGUUGAAGUCUGGGACCUGCAUUCUCAUUAACGCUCUGGGCAGCAACACUUGCUUGAGAAGGAUUGACAUCAGUGGCAAUGCCAUGGGGGACACUGGAGCAAAGAUGCUAGCCAAAGCUUUGCAGAUCAAUACCAGCCUCAGAACUGUGGCUUGGGAUAGGAACCACACAACAGCAGUGGGAUUCCUGGAUGUUGCCAGCGCUCUGGAGAGAAAUUACACUCUCAAAUCCAUGCCUUUACCGAUGAGCGAUGUGGCCCAGGCUUACAGGAAUAACCCGGAGAAAACGGAGGAAGCCCUGCAGAAGAUACAAUCUUACCUUCUGCGGAACAAUCAGAUGAGGACCUUUCCUCCUGAACAAGCUUUGCGACUGGAGGAGGGGAUUGUGACCAGUUCUACCCAGCAGAUGGUGGACAUUAUGUGUGACAAGGUACAAGAGCAUCUGAACAUCAUUAACAAAGGGCCUGUGAAGGAAUUGCAAGAAGAUCUAACCUUUGCCGAAGAAACCAUAAAGGAUGCGAAAAUGCUAACCACUAUAUUGCCAGCCUUGUAUCAAAGGGGCAUCUCUCUGCCCUGUGAAAGUUCGAUGCGUUCCAGGCUGGAGUCUGUUGCUGACGAUAUCUCCCAGGCUGCGAAUAUGGAAAUCGAGACACUCGUCCAGUCACUAUUGGACUCCACUAAGAGCCUGUGUCCCAAUACGUUGCAGAAAGCCAGUGUCCAGGAGCAGCUGGUGAACCCUGUGCUCAGCAAAAUCUCCAUCCCCCAGAACUUUGUGAAGAGUGCGAUUAUCGAGCAGGCUGGUUUGGAGAUCGUCAAUAAACUCAGGGAGGUAAAGCUGAGCAUCACUGCUGCGUUCAUCGAUCGCACUGUUGAGCACACACUGAAGGAGCUGAUAACUGCCCAGCAGAAGCUUGCACAUCACUUGCCGAAACCAGGGUUUGGAUUCUCAGCCCCAGACGAAGCCAGCUCAGAAUCCUUGGGAGAUGAGACCAUGGUGAAGGGAAGCGAGCCAUUGCUUGCAGCAGCUCAACGGCUGGCACCAGUUGAGUCUGCGUCAACUCUUCGGAGGAAGACCAUCCAUUCCAGACGAAUCAGACCGACUGCAGCGUUAAAACGCGUGUCUGAAUUUAAUCUGGAAAGACAAGUUGAGGAAAUGGACUGUCUGGCAGAGAAACAGUUGUUGUCAGUCAGUGGACGUCCAAUGUCCCACCCAGCCUGCGUGGAGAUUGCUUUCCCAGUGCCUCCUCUCACGGGCUCUUUCACGAACUUGCCGACCGAAGGGCAGAAAUUGGAGCAUUACACCAGAGGCAGGCCGAAGCCAAACAGGACCAAGAGACAGCCUCCCUCCAAACCUGUCGUGCAGCCUACAAACCAUGAAAAUGAGGAUCAGGAAACCAUCAGCACACUGGACGAAGGACUGGAAGAGUUCUUCACGAACAAGACAACCCAUGGGAAAUACUGUAAGAACCAACCAACGAAGAGGGCGGAGCACAACAUCCCCCCGAGAAGCAAAAACAAAUUCCUGAAAUUCAGCGACUUCUUUGCUUUCAAAAUAUCCAAGUUCACCAAACCCCAAAAGUCGGACAAGGAACCUGAGGGCAAACCGCCGAGAAGCAAGAGCCCAGCGCCCGAGUUGCUGAGACCCCGUCGCAAAUCAGGAGAGGCGCAAGUUCAGGCCACCCCACACGAGGGCGCCACACCACAGGCCUCAGAGAGAACCCGACUGUCGACUAUGCAGGAUGUCUGCAGACCCCGGUCACCAAGAGCGGCCAAAGCACAGUCGUUAAUUCUGCUGCCUGGGAUGAAGCAAAGCGAAGCUCUGUCGAUGCAGCUCUCAGUACCGAGCGAGCAGGAGUUGAACUUGGAGCCGUAUAUUGGGAAUGAGUUGUCACAGUCUGACCUCCGCAUCCACACUGUGCUGCACAGAACGGGUGCAAAAGUGAUGCCCAUCAACCCAAAGUCAAAGCUGAACACAGAUUCCGAGUCUGGAGGAACGAACUAUUAUGAGGUGUCUGCGGAGAAAAAAACUCAGCCUCCCUCUCGAGCAAUGAAACUUUCUGCUUUGGCCAAUAUGGAUGAACCCAGCACAGUCCGUGAUGCAGACGACGAGGAUUCUGAAACCACAUCGUUAAGAGAAGCCAAGGUGGGAGAAGUCAGCAGCGACAAGAGGUCUGAAGGUUCCCAAAUGGUAUCGGAAGGGCGUCAGCAGAGGAUCCUGCUUCCUCCCCACAGGAAACUGCUGCGGCCGAGAGCCAUGGACAGGCGAUCCAGUCCUUCACCUCUGCCAAGAAAGCUUGCAGGGUCGGAGAAGAGUUUUAGUCUGAGUGUGAAUGGCAGCCCCGAGGAGCACAGGAACCACCAAAACAAAAUACACCCACCAUCUGAAGAUCCAUCCUCCGGCAGUGAUGAAACAGAAGAGAGCAAUGUUUCUCAGGCUUCCCAUACUGCGGCUACCUGUGGAGAACAUACAGUAGAAUUAUGGCCUUCGGAGAUAUUAAAUAACCAGGAAGGAAGCCUGUGAUUGGAAAAGAAAACCUUUUACUCUGAGGAGAUGGUGAUGCCUCGGGAGCAACCCAGCUUUGCUCCAGUUCCUCCUGGAGCUCAUGAAUCAGAGCUGAGUAUUGAACUGAGUGCGGAAAUCCUUACCAAUGGACAGUUGCUGUUUUCUGAUCUCUGUGAAGAAACGUCUUGAAGAGAGAGAGAAAAUCACAAAAACUGUGCGUGUGUGUGAAACCAUUGUCUAUGUAUAGUUUGUAACAUUCAGCUCACACCUUCUCUGCACAUGGGUGCGGAAGACUGCAACAAAUCUAGUGACACCUUUUUUUAUAAAUGUAAACUAUACUAUGUCUCCUUUACACCUCGGGUAGGUUAAGACUUAGGAGCUGGAAUCCAGGUCAAGGAAUAAAAGAGUCCAAAGGACAUAGUAACCUC